GUCAUCCAUCUGGAUUGUUUGACAAGCCGAUACUUUGCAGGAUAAAAUGCAUUCACAUCUACUUCAAGUGUUUUUAGUCGCAUGCCUGGUGUUACCUUGUCUUGGAACUGCCCUCAAGGAAGAGGGUACGAGAAAAGGGAAGAGAACGAAAGUAGAACAAGAUACAGAUAGUCUAAAAGGCGAAGAAGGGGAAGCAUUUGGUAAUAACGUGCUUACGAGUUCUGAUGCCAAGAAUGAAGGAUUACAAAUGUGGAAUCCAUUGGAAUCUGAGAGAGAAAGCGGAAACGAGAAAAGGGCAACAAGAAAAGGGAAGAGAACAAGAGUAGAGCAAGACACAGAUAGUCUGAAAGGCGAAGAAGAAACCACAUUGGGUUACAAUAUGCUUACACUUUCUAAAGACAAGAACGAAGGAUCGAGAAACUUGAGUCCAUUGGAAGCCGAGAGAAAAAGACACGAAAAGAGGGCAACUAGAAAAGGGAAGAGAGCCAAUAUAUAAUCCUUCAGACAGAACAGAAGGAUAACUGAAUAACUCAGAAUAGAAAUUCGACAAAAUAGAGAUAAAAUAWCAAUGGAAAAAUCAAAGUAAGACGUAUCCAAAUACGCUGAAUAUGGUUAGAAAUGUUGUUUUUUAUAUAGUAAAGCUUGGUUAUUGAAAUAUUGAAAAGUUGACUUGUAAAUAAAGUGAGAUUAAUCUAAAUAAGUGAAAAAACGCUUACCGAUUUCUGUGAAAACUUAUUUCAUUCUGGCAGCAAAAGGYCUUUAACUGAUUAACUGAGUGAAUUCUGAAAAUAAAUGAAAUAAAAUGAGCUUUAACAACA